AUGCCACGCCUCAACUUGGAUGGCUGCCUGGGCAGGGCGCCCGAGUACGACCCGGCCGAACCCUACCCCACCUUCUACUUGGCCGAGCUCAUCGUUGCCCAUCCCAAGAAGCUCAUGGCUGCCGUCAUGGCCUUCUGCCUUCUCGUCAGUUUUGUCACCAUGGCAGUCCAUCCCAUCAACAUCGUCACUGCAGGAGACACCUUCCGUGUUCGUGACACCCGCGUCGCCGAGUUCCAGGACGGCGUGGUAGAGGCCAUUGCCGGCACCGACUUUGGAGAGCAAAAAGCUGAGGACUCGGCCCAGGCGCCCCGCUCUCAGGUCCACGAUCCGCUCGUCCUUGUCUUUGAAGCCACCGGCGCUGCUUCCAUCUACGACGAAAUCGAGACCAUUCGCAUGUUUGAAGACGCUGUGCUCGGGUUCGGCACCUUUGACGACUUUUGCUACUCGCUCGCCACCGGGCCCGAGGCUCCCGCUCACCGCCCAUGCGCCCGGCCGUACUCGAUCACUUCGUACUUUUACCCGGAGCUCCUGCCGUCGCCGCCGCUUGGCCAGUCGUUUGCAAACGAUACUUGCCUUCCGCAGCUUGCGCCGUCGUUCUCGAUCUGCAACGGGAACGGAUCCAACGUCCGCCCGCUGCUCAAUGUCUCGACCACGCUCACCACCGUCGACGCGCGGUUCCCCGGCCAGCUCGAUGAGUUUGUGCCUCCUUACUUUGAUCCUGCCGCUCAACGCAUCGCCUCGCCGCACACAAAGUCGGUCAUCUCGUUUGGCUACCCGCUCGCCGGCUUCCGAAACGCUGAUGACAACGUCGACGCCCAGGCCAAGGCCUACUCCAAGUUUAUCGACGCGCUUGAGCCAUUCCUCGACUCGCUCGGCUCGCCCAACUUAGAAGUGUACUACACCAACACGCUUCUGCUUUCUAAGCAGUUUGACAAGAUCCUGGCCACUGAUGCCAUCUUUGUCGUCAUGGCGAUUGUCUUUGUUCUCAUCUACAUGUGGUUCCACUCGCGCUCGCUCUUCCUCGCCGGCCUUGGCAUGCUCCACAUUGUCAUCUCUUUCCCCAUGGCUUACUUUGUCUACCGUGUCAUUCUCGGCGAGGAGUUCUUCCCCUUCCUCCUCUUCCUUGGCAUCUACGUCGUCCUCGGCGUCGGCGCCGACGACGUUUUCAUCUUCCUCGACGCAUGGAAGCAGUCGGCCUUCAUCCCCGGCGUCAAUGCCUCGCUCGCCACCCGCAUGGCUUGGACAUACCGCCGCUCCGCACGCGCCAUGCUCAUCACCUCGGUCACCACCUCGUACAUUGAGCCGCGCUCGUGGCCGACGGUAUGCAUACAUUGCUGGACGUGCAAGCUGACCAAGGGCGACGACGACGAUGCUGACACUGCCGUCGACUCUGAUCCCAAUGCAGCCCAUGUUCGCAACGCAGACAUCACCCUUGGGCCUAUGCCGCAGGCCUCGCACUCAGCGUCGGCUUCAUCCUCCCCGUCGUCUUCGGCGUCGUCCUCCUCUUCGUCCUCGGCCUCUUCUUCUUCGUCGUCGUCAGGCUCGGGCUCCGGAUCCUACGUUUCCGUUGCCGACGAGCAGCAGGAAGAUUUGGAGCAAGCCGCGCCGUUGGCGCUGGACUCGGGUUCCGGCUCGUACUCGAGUUGCUACAGCAGCUCGGCAUCGUCCAAGUCAAAGCCUGUGCCAGCUCAGCCGGCCGCAAGCUUGACGAGCCCAAGCACCUCGACCUCCGCGCACCGAUCCACGUCGACGGCUGCUGCUGCAGCGCUUGCGGAUGCAUCAGCGUCCGAGCCAGAGCUGGUGCCGUUCUGCUGGGGCAAGUGCCUAACGCCCAAGCACCUCGAGCACGCGCGUGCCACGGAGAAGUUCUUUGGCGGACCCUACACCGAGUGGGCCUACCGCCUCCGCUACGGCAUCCUCGCCGUCUUCCUCAUUCUCAUGAUAGUCUUCAUCGUGGUUGGUACUCAGCUGGCACCGGCCAAGGAGCCGGCCAAGUUCCUCGCCGACGACCAUCCGCUCCAGCGCAUGUUCACCAUUUUGCAGUCGGGCUUUAAGCGCCAGGCUGAGGUUGUCAAGAUUGCUCUUGCCUGGGGCGUGGCAGGCAUCGACCGGGCCGGCACCGAUCCCAACCGUCCAGGCGACCAGGGCGUUGUACGCUGGGACGAGGCCUUCGACGGCACCUCGGUUGCUGCCCAAAACCACAUCCUCUCUGUCUGCACCCAGGCCCGUGCCGAGCCGUCAGUCCUCCGCCGCGAGGUCUUCUGCCCAAUGGAGGGCCUGCGCGACUUUCGCCGUGACCGCGGUGAGGCCUUCCCCAUCGCCGACAAGGCCGAGUUCCUUGGCGCGCUCCGCAACUACACCCUUUCCAAAGAGUCCGAGUUUAAGAGCGGUGACAACGCGGGCUUUGACGGGUGGCGGUUUGGCCGCAAGGACACCGUCGGCUUUGAUUCCGUCUCGGGCGACCUGCGCCUGUUCAUGAUCCUGGUCAACACCACCAUGUCGCCCGAGGCGACCGCCAAGGCCGUCGAGCCGAUCUACGACAGCUGGGAGGCGUUUAUGGUUCGCGUCAACGCCGGCGCACCCCCGGGCGUCUCCCACGGUGUCCAGACCACAGGAAAGUGGGUCCGCAUGGCCACCGAGUUUGAGCUGGUCUCGGCCGUUUUUGUCGGCUUUGCCGUCUCGCUCGCAGUCUCUUACGUCGUCAUCAUCCUCGCCACCCAAAACAUCUGGCUCGCCUCCAUCACCAUCUUUGCCAUCACAUGGGUCGUCUCUGCCAUUGUAGCCAUCAUGGUUUGGCUUGGCUGGUCGCUCGGCAUCAUCGAAGCCAUCUGCCUCGUCCUCAUUGUCGGGCUCUCGGUCGACUACUCGCUCCAUCUUGCUGUCCACUACAACGAGUCGCACGCGUCAAGCCGCAAGGAGCGCGUCCGCGAGGCCCUUGCCGACCUCGGCAUCUCGGUCUUUUCCGCUUCGCUCACCACUAUGGGAUCUGCUUUCUUCAUGACCUUCUCCCAGCUGCUCUUCUUUGUUGUUUUUGGCCUCUUUAUCCUCAUGGUCGUCCUCUUCUCGCUCGUCUCCGCCUUUGGCCUCCUCAUCGCCCUCCUCAACAUUGCUGGACCCAUCGGCGACUGCGGCAACAUCUUCAAGCCAAAAACGUGCUGUACCUGCCGCGAGGAGCCGGCCCCGCCAUCUUUGGGUGAGCCCUGA